UAAACAACAAAAACCCAAACGACCGUUUUCUUGAGAAAAAAGUGGCGUCGACCGUUUCCCUUUCCCCUCUGUUUGCCAGUCUGCCCCCGCCUUCACUCCAAAGUCCAAACGCUCCCUCUGUUUCUCGUUCUCCCACCCUCUGUUUCUCUCUGCAACAGACCAUGGCCCAGCGGGGAACCGAAUCAGAAACGUCUUUCUCUUCCUUUCUUUCUAGAUAGGAAGUGUCGGGAAGGCAGGCGAGAGUACGGAUAAUAUCAUCCCUCUGUAUUUUCCGCCAUUCUCCUCCUUCGUUCGAUCAAGAGAGGGAAAGAAAGAAAAAAAAAAAAGAAACAGAGUGUGGGGUUUCCUCAAAAUGGGUUGCUUCUCAGCGUGUUUUGGUUCCUCCAAAGAUCGCAGAAGGAGAUGCAGAAAGCAGCAGCACAAGAAGCACAACCAGGCUCAGCCUCCGUACCAGAGGAAUGCUGAUCAUGAUCUUGAGCAGCCAUCAAACCUUCCCGUGGAGCAGAACCCAAUUUCAGAGAAACAACCAGUGGUCAUCAACACAGCGGCAGAGGAAAUCCAGGAGGAGCAGCCACAGUGGCAAUCGAGUCCGGUGGGUCUUCGCAAAAAAGUGACCUUUGAUUCCAAAGUGAAGGCAUACGAGCCUGUUUCAGUACAAGAAUCCAUCGAAUUUCAGAACGCUUCUGCUCCCAAGAAACAAGUCAGCAAUGAAAUUGGCGAUGAUCAGAACAAAUACACAAAGCCAGACCAAUCCGAUAACUCCUCUGAAGCAAGUUCUUUGACCCCAAGCUCCAGCUCCUCCUACCCUUCCAACCAUCGGUACCAGAACUGCAGAGACAGCGAUGAUGACGAAUUCGAUUCCGAUGACCAAACUGAUUCUGAUUCUGAAGCUGGGGAUGAGGGUGAUGGAGAGCUCGACGAUUGCGACGAUGACAUCUACGAUAAGCCGGCCACUAGGCUCGCCUCUGCUGCGGCCAACGGCGAUGCCUGCUUCCCAGAGCUGGGAAUUGAGAAAGCCGGGCAGAAUGUGCGAGACAGGAGUGCGUAUGUGCAUCCAGUGCUGAACCCUGUAGAGAAUCUGACCCAAUGGAAGGCUGCCAAGUCCAAGAAGUCAGCACCACCGCUUCCUUCACCACCACAAUUGAAUCACCAGCCUUCUGAUAAGGAGAAUGACCAAGAACCCAGCUUUAAGGUGAAAUCCAAGAAGACAAUGAACCCAGAACAAGUAGUAGCAGUGGAUGCAAGCUUAUCCAAUUGGUUGAGUUCAUCAUCGUCGUCGUCAUCAGAUUGCUGCAGUAAAACACCAAACAAGCAGCCUACCAUUGCUACUACCUCUUCCACCACGCCACCGCAGGUGAAGAGCCCUGGCAGUUGGGCGGGGUCAGCGUCCCCUAAGAGCUUUGAGGACAGGCCGAUCCUCGGGGCGUUGACGGUGGAGGAGAUCAGGCAGAUGUCGGCAUCAAAUUCUCCAAUUAGGAAGUCACCUGGCCACAGCCCUGAUGACAAGUUCAUAAUUGGGAGCGUUGGGAGCUACUGGAGGAGUGAGAGUGAUUGUAGUCAGCCUGGGAAGGAGAAGAAGAAGAAGGAAGUCAGCAGCUCUGCCUCCCCGGCAUCGUCGUUUAAAGGAAUACCCAACACAACCAGCAAAUACAGAGAGGAUAAGAGAGUGAAGUGGCACUCGACUCCUUUUGAGACCAGGCUGGAGAGAGCUUUGAAUGGCACCCAGAGUUAAGUGAGGGGUUCCUUCCUGUUGCUGUUUUGUGGAGUUGUGUUUGUGAAUAAUGAUGUAUUUGAGAGAGAUUUUUUUUGGUCUUGGUUAUGUUUGUGGUGGUGGUGGUGGUGGUGUUAGAAUUUGUUCAGAAAAUCAAUACUGGCUUGUAUGCUUGCUGUUGUAAUCAUCUUUUUUUUUUUCCAAAAUACAUAGUUGUUAUGUGUAAUACAGAUACUGGUUUCAUGAGAUAUUUCGGUAAAAUCAAAAUUUGAAGUCUCAACGAUAUUUAAC